GCCUUUAUAAAUAUUGUUUCUUCCCGGCCACGUUAAAUAAAAGCUGCCACCAUUCGGAAGAAAAAUACAAACAACAUGACCCACAAUAUCGGUAUGGCGCAUAUCGUUUGGCCGGGUCCAGCGGGAGGUAUAAUGCCACCCGAUUUUAAACCACCACCUCCAUCAUCGGAUAUAAUCUCGGCGCCGAGUAAUCCGAAAAAACGGCGAAAGACAUCGAAUGCCAACUCAGCAGCUGCAGUGGCGGCGGCCGCAGCAGCUGCAGCCGCUGCUGCCAACUCUAUGCAGCAAUCACAAGCACCUCCCACACCACAGGAUCUGCUGCCUCCACCACCAAUGGGGGGCUAUGGCGAUACGAUAGUGGCUUCUAAUCCGUUUGACGACACACCGCCCAGCAUGUCUAGUUCGAUGUCCGCAAUGAGUCACAUGGGAGGCCCUCCAGGACACUUUGGUCCCGGUCCGGGCCCUCAUAUGGGCAUGGGUGGUCCUCACGGUCCCCCUCCGCACAUGCAUCCCCAUAUGCACCCUCAUCAUCCAGGCGGUCCACCACAUCCACAUCAUCCCAUGGGCGGACCUCCGAUGCGCGGUAUGAGUCCGAUGGGUAUGGGCAGCCCCAUGGGUGGUCCAGGUCCCGGCCAUCCUAUGGGACCAGGAGUUGGUCUGCCUCCACAUAUGAAUCACGGUCGACCAGGCGGUCCACCGAUGGGUAGUCCUAUGGGUGGAAUGGCUUCGAUGGGUGGCAUGAGUCCCAUGGGAGGUAUGGGUGGUCCCAGCAUAUCACCGCACCACAUGGGCAUGGGUGGACUCUCACCUAUGGGAGGGCCAGGAUCGAAUGGUCCUCGUGGCAUGGGUUCGCCAAUGCCAGGAGGCCCAGGUGGACCUGGUCCUGGCCAGGGCUCACCUAUGAAUUCACUGCCAAUGGGUUCACCAAUGAGCGGCGCUAUCGGCAGUCCUCUGGGACCGCCAACGUCUCAACAAGGUCCUCAUCCGCAAAAUCAGUCUCAACAUCCUCCGCCUCACAUGAAUAACGGCCAAAUGGGCCCACCUCCCAUGCACAGUCCACUUGGAAAUGGACCGUCGCAGCAGAACCAUAUGUCUGGAGGUCCAGGACCUGGCCCUGGACCCGGUGGACAGCUACAGCCCCCAGGCAUGGGUCCAAAUCAAGGUGGUAUCUCUCCUGCUCACAGUAUGGCCUCAAACACAAGUGGCAAUAGCAAUAACCCCAACAACAGCAACAAUAACAACAAUCAAAAUCCAAUGCUUUCCCCUGCGGCACGACAUGGUAUACCACAAUCACCGUCAUCCAGUAUGAAUGGACCCCUGCCGACUUCAUCUUCCUGUACGUCCUCCUCAUCAAGCUCAGCGACAACGACGUCCACUGCGUCAACGUCAGUGCCUACAACUUCGCCAGCGCCAGGCAACGGACCUAUGGCGAUGUCUCCACAUCAUCAAAUGAGUGGGAGUGGGCCUGGACCUAGUCCUGGCCCCGUUGGCAUGAACAAUAUGAGCGGUCAUGGACCCAGUCCCCUGGCCUCUCCAGCUUUACCUGGUCAUCCGAAUUCGAACAGCAGCAACAACAACAGUAAUACAGGUGGUAAUAAUCCCAUGAAUAAUAUGGGUGGUGCUAGUCCUCAUAGUAAUAACGGGCCUAUGGGAGGACCCGCAAUGGGUGGACCCAACAACAGCAACAACAAUAAUGGUCUAAAUAUGGGCGGUGGUGGAAGUGGUGGACCGAUGCAACAACAAAUGAAUCCUAAUGUUCCUAUGCAGCAACCGCAACAGUCACCGCACGCAAACAUGCCCAUGGGCAGUGGCGGCUCCGGCGGCAAUGGUCCUAACUCAAUGGGUAUGGGUGGCCCCAAUCAGAUGUUACCUCCCCAGCAGCCAUCGCCACACCUGGGUGGACCGCAACACUCACAACUCAUGAAUCAUCACGGCGGUCCGGGAGGUAUGCCUUCACCUCACAUGAUGCACGGUCCUGGCGGCGGCAUGGGCCCUCAAAUGGGCAUGGGCGGAGGACCACCAAAUCACAUGGGUGGACCUCAUCACAUGAUGAGCGGCGGUCCACAUCACAUGGGACCUGGUCCUAAUUCACAUAUGGGUAAUAUGGGUCCUGGUAUGGGACCUGGGGGCAUGAAUGGUCCUCAUCCUCACGGACCACAUGGUCCUCAUGGCGGUCCUCAUGGUGGUCCUCAUGGCGGCCCUCAUGGUGGUCCUCAUGGUGGACCACACGGCGGUCCACAUGGUGGUCCUCAUGGUGGUCCACAUGGCAGUCCUCAUGGUGGCCCACACGGCGGUCCACAUGGUGGUCCUCACGGCGGUAUGCCACCUCAUCAUCCUCAUCACAAUCCAAUGGGUGGAGGUCCACCUCCUGGUGUUGGCGGUCCAGGUCCCGGUGGUCCAAUGGGUCCUAUGGGCGGACCAAUGGGUGGUCCAAUGGGACCGGGUGGCCCACCCAAGCCAAUGACAAUGGGUGCGGGCAAAAUGUAUCCUCCUGGUCAACCGAUGGUUUUCAAUCCACAAAAUCCCAACGCACCUCCAAUAUAUCCAUGCGGCAUGUGCCACAAAGAAGUCAAUGAUAACGACGAAGCUGUAUUUUGGCGAAUCUGGUUGUAAUUCUUUUUUCAUAGAACUUGUGUUGGUUUAACGGAGGCCGCUUUUAAAAUGCUAACAAAAGAAGUUUAUGCUGAAUGGUGCUGUGACAAGUGUUUAUCCACCAAACAUAUACCAAUGGUCAAAUUUAAAUGUUAAAAAAACAAAUGGUCACACACACACACAGUUGACAAUGCAACGAACUUUA